AUGUCGUCUCACCUCGGUUGGGAAGCCGAACCGGAAGACAAAGCUCGUCGAUGGAGACCGAGGCCACAAUUUUUCAACCCGUCGCCAACUCGCCCCUUUUCACCUUGUCGAUUGCUCACGCAUACACCGUGGGCGCACCUCGAGUCGGAUCAAACCUCGGUGUCACAAUCCACCCCGGCUACUAGCUCCGCGAAACCAGCCUCGCCACCUCGAUGUCAGAAUUCAACUCGCCGACUACUCGUUUGCCAUGGUGCUAGAAUCGGAUCUGUUGUCGCCUCGGUUGCAGCACCGUAG